GGUGUUUCAGGCGUUCGACCGCGACGGCGACGGCACGCUCUCGCAGCGCGACCUGGAGCUGGCCAUCGGCGCGGUCGGCGCGGAGGUGCAGGCCGAGACGCUCGACCUGCUCGUGGGCGAGGCGGGUGGCCUGAGCCUCGAGGGCCUGCGCGGUGUGGUCGACGACCCCUCCGCCGGCCGCGGGGGCGAGGACCUGAUCUCCUCGCCCUCGCGUUCGACCUCUGCGGGGGGCGGGACGCCAACGGGGCCAUUGGUCGUGACGCCCUCGGCGCGGGCCUCCGGAAGCUCGGCCUGGGGUGCACGGAGGAGGAGGUGCUGGAGCUGAUGAAGGAGUUCGACCUGGACGGGGACGGCAAGCUCUGCGAGGAGGAGCUCGCCGCGCUCGUCGGCGUCUGA